AAUCUCCAGGAAUUCCAUGUGCAAUCUCAAAUCCUCCUACUAAGGAAGAUUUAGAGGAUUACGCGCAUAAACAAUGGGAGGAUGUUUUGCUGCUGCUAGCAAAGCCAGCCAUUGAUUCAGAACCUUCUAAAAGUUGGCUGAUAAACAUUUUAAAGCAGGCUGGUCUCCUGAUAAGUGACAGAGAUUCAUCACAAAAGUUAACAGAAAAAGGCUUUCAAUUCCUUCUUGUGGAUAUAACCUGUCAACUUUGGCACGUUGUUAAAGAAUACAUUUUAAUAAAUAAGGGAGGAGCAACCAUAGAUUUGAUUUCUUUUCUCCUUGAGCUUGAGUUUUACACUACAGGAAAGCCUUACAAUAUCGAUGGUCUCAAAAUGCAAUAUAAUGUUGUAGAGGAGCUUGCUACAUUUGGUUUAGUCAAAUAUCAGAAGAAAGAGAGGUGCUUUAUCCCCACGAAAUUGGCCAUGAUUUUGGCAGCAAGCUUCUCAGGGCCAUGUACCCAAAAACUAGCCAAGGGAUUUAUGAUUGUGGAGACAAACUUCAAGCUUUAUGGAUACUCAACUUCGAAGUUGCAUUAUCAGAUUUUAAAUUAUUUUGCAAGGAUCGAGAAUCAACUACCCAAUCUCAUUGUUGGAAUUCUAACAAGAGAAUCAUUAUAUGCAGCAUUUGAUUGUGGUAUUACAGCAGAACAGAUCAUUGAAUUUCUAUCUAAGAAUGCACACCCACGUAUAGCAAAUCGGGAAAGUGCAGUACCUACUAAUGUGACUGACCAGCUUAAACUUUGGGAGAGAGAAAAAAAUAGAGUUGACAUCACUCCUGCUUGUAUAUACACUGAUUUUCCUACACAAGGAUUCUUCGAGAGAAGCGUCAAACAUGCAAGAGAAACUAAAGCAUUAUUGUGGAAGCACGGUGAAAGAACACAGCUUGUUGUUAUUCAAGAAAAAGAUAAUGAAAUGCGAACCUUCAUGAAAGCUAAUGCUGCUUCCUGUAAAUAAGAAAGACCCAAGUUAAUUUUGUACCACAAGAGAUCAUCUUGUUUGUAGAGAACUAUGAUAUCAGAAAUUUAUUCUGCCAUACUGAUGAAAUGAUAAAACAAGUUGUUUGCUAACAUUCUGAUUUGUGGAAAUUUCAAAUGGUAUUUGAAGAUGAGUUUAAGUGUUGUAUAUCAUGAUUUAGUGUCCUCAUUUCGAGUGCUAGACAUAACUAUUUUA